AUGAAAACUGCUGCAACACGAAAUUACUUUUCGAAGAACUUUAACUCACAACGUCAAGGACCAAGACAAGAAUCAACGAAACUAUGUUAUUUUUGCAGCAAACCCUAUCCUCAUCCUGGCGUAUGUCCAGCAAAAGGGAAAACGUGUCGACUUUGCGGGAAAUUGAAUCACUUUGCCGUCGCAUGCCGUUCAUUUCCACAAAAACAACAACAUCGCCACCAUGAAAGUGACAAACGUCAGACGGUUAAAUAUGUAAACGAAGAAAUCGCAAGUGACAAUACCAGUGAACACUCCGAGUCGGAUGAAUAUACGUUUAUGGUGCAAGAUACAGACGAAAAUACCAAACAUCCAAUGGUUAACUUACGAAUUCAAAACCUAGCCAAAGUUAAAUUCAUUAUUGACACUGGAGCGACAGUUAAUUUACUCGAAGAAAAGGAUUUUGAAGCCCUCAAACCGGAAAUAACAUUGCAACACAGUUCUAUCAACAUUUACCCCUACAAGUCCGAUAAACCCCUCCGUGUCCUUGGAACGUUUACUGCUACUGUGGAAUCGCGGAAACGAAUUGAUGCUGCCGAGUUUUUUGUCGUUAGCAACAACGGUCGCCUUGGAGGUUCUUUGUUAUCCUACAAUACUGCAAAGCAUCUUGGUUUGAUUGCAAUUACUAACGCUGUGGACACUGCUAAGAACACAACUGUAUCCUGCAAUUUUGCAAUACCUGAGGAAUUAUUCAAUGGCGUUGGAAAAUUAACAGAUCAUAAGGUGAAGCUACAUAUUGACGAAUCCAUUCCACCCGUUGCUCAAACCCAUCGGCAGAUACCAUUCCAUCUACGGAAACAGGUGGAGAAAAAGCUUGAAGAGAUGGAAAAGGAUGACAUCAUCGAGAAAACAGAAGGUCCAACGCCCUGGGUUUCUCCAAUCGUUGUUGUGCCGAAACCCAAAAGUCCGAACGAUGUUAGAAUUUGUGUGGAUAUGCGGGCUGUCAACAAGGCAAUCCAGCGAGAACGUCACAUAACCCCCACCAUAGAUGACGUCAUAGCAGAUCUAAAUGACGCUAAAGUAUUUUCAAAGCUUGACCUCAAUCAAGGUUAUCACCAACUUGAACUCUCAGAAGAAUCACGCUAUGUUACCACGUUUAGCACCCAUGUCGGCCUGAGGAGAUAUAAGCGCCUUAAUUUCGGAGUAACCUCUGCAGCUGAAAUUUUCCAAAAUACUAUUCGAGAAACUCUUGAAG